AUGUCAGACGAAGGCAAGGAGUUGGCGGUGCGGAAGCGGACGGCUGCCAAGGGGUGGUUAACUCGUUCAUCCACAGCUUUGUUUAAGCUGCUACAGAGGCCUGAUGUGACGAGGUUGGAGCUGGAGGACGCUGUUAGUGACUUUGAUCAGCGUUUAGCCACCUUGGAUGAUGCCCAGGCAGCCGUGGAACUGGAACUCGACAAACCUACUGAGCUGGAGGCAGAUAUAGAGGCCGCCGACAGUUACCGACGCGGAGCUAGAGUCCCACGCAUGCAAGCAACCCAAAAACUGGCGGAGUUACUUCAACCCACUAAGAGUCAAGGUGAGCGUACCCAUAGUGAAUCUGGAUUAAGUAACAUUAGACUUCCACGUAUAGAAUUACCCAAGUUCAGUGGAGAAGUGCUUGAGUGGCAGACGUUUUGGGAACAGUUUGAAGCUUUAGUGGAUGAGUCGAAUCUUCCUACUGUUAGUAAGUUUGGCUACUUGCGCUCGUCUUUAGAGGGUGAGGCAAAGAGGACCAUACAAGGCCUAGCUCUCACUACUGCUAAUUAUCCCAUUGCUCGCGAGAUGUUAAAAGAGAGGUUUGGGAAGCCGGAGCGCAUAAUUUUUGCUCACAUUCAAGCACUACUGAACAUGAACGUACUUACUAAGUGUCAUGGGUCAAAAUACACUGCCUCACUAUGGAAACUACAGGAUCAGCUGAACUCCCAUGUUCGUUCUUUGGAAGUUUUGGGAGUGAAAGGUGACCAGUAUGGUGUUGUGCUUACCCCUCUAAUUUUAUCACGUCUUCCACAUGAUAUACGCAUGGAGUGGUCACGGGAGGGUUCAGGCCACGAGAGCGACCUAUCAUGGCUAAUGACCUUCCUCCAAAAGGAAAUAGAGCGGAGGGAGAGGUCAGACUCCUACAAAGAGGACUGCCGCCGUGAUGAGGGUAAGAGUGGAGCGUUAGCUUUGGAGAAGAGAAAAUCUCCCCCUGGUACGGCCUCUGCCCUUGUUACCUCUGCAGCAUCAGGUGUUUGUAAGUGUGGAUUUUGUGGUAAGCCCCAUCAAGGUGAGAAGUGCCCUACUAUUGUUAAACUUACUCAUUCAGAACUUGAAGAAAAGGUUCGGUUGUCUGAUUUGUGUUUUCGGUGCCUUACUAAGGGACAUAUAUCCAAAGGGUGUAAGUCUAAGUGUAGUAAGUGCAGGGGAAAUCAUAAUGCAGUAUUUUGUCUCAGAGAUCAGAAAGGGAAAAGUAAUGGUGAAUUGAAUGAAGAGUGUAAGCAAGAGAGUAAGGGCACUAGUGAAUCACCAGCCUUGAUGAAUCAUGUUGGUGUAGCACCUUGUAAGGCUAGGAAAGAUAAAGUUAACUCUGGCUCAAAGUGUUGUGUGCUACAAACGGCUAAGGUUAAAGUACUUACUAAUAAGGGAGUGAGUAUUGAAGCUACUGUGUUGUUUGAUCCAGGCUCGGAUAACUCUUAUGUUAGCAGUUCCUUGGUAAAGAAAAUCAAGCCUAACUGGUUAUGCUCAGAGCCUAUAUCUUACUCUGCCUUUGGUAGCAAACAUCCUAAGAAUCACUUGAGCAAUAUGUAUAGCAUCAGCCUAGAAGACAUUAAGGGUACCAGUCAUUCUUUAGUUGCUGCUGAAAUACCAAUCAUAUGUUCUCCCUUACUGCGACCUGGUGUACCUAAAGAUAAACUUCAAGCUUUCAACUCUUUGUGUCUAGCUGAUGAUUACCAACAAGACCGUCAAAUUUCUGUGGACAUAUUGAUUGGAGUUGAUUUCGGUUGGAAAUUCAUGAUUCCCAACCAAGUGAGUAAUGGUGAAGGGUUGGUAGCACAAGAAACUGUUUUCGGUUGGGUUCUAUCUGGUGUUUGUAGUUCAGAUAAUGUGUUUGGUACAAGUUCACAGUUAUUGUGUUUUAGUAAUAUGUCUGAGUCUCUGUUACAUAAAUUUUGGGAUUUGGAUUCAGUGGGUAUAUCUACUAAUGAAGUGACCAAAUCUAGUACUAAUGAUUCUGUGCAGCAGAAAUUUAAUGACAGUGUAAAGUUUGUAGGUGGAAGGUAUGAGGUAGCACUACCUUGGAAAUCAGAUUUUGCUAAAUCUGAUCUACAAGAUAAUGUGAAGAUUGCUGAGAAACGUCUGUUUAACCUAUGCCGUAAAUUUCAGAAGAAUCCACAACUCAAGGAGGAGUACGAUGGUGUUCUGAGGCAGUACGAGGAGGAGGGAAUAUAUGAAGAGGUCCCCCCUUCUCAGAUGGAGAGUGUUCAUCCCACUUACUACCUACCCCAUCGUCCUGUUAUACGUGAGAACAGCUCUUCUACUAGGGUGAGACCAGUCUUUGAUGCCUCGGCACCCAGCUACAACGGUUUGUCUUUAAAUGAGUGUUUAGAGACUGGUCCCUCUCUGAAUCCAGAUCUCGUUGAAGUACUAUUGAGAUUUCGUAAAUGGCAAGUAGCAAUAACAGCUGAUAUUACCAAGGCAUUCCUUCAAAUUAAUGUGCGUGAGGAAGAUCGGGAUGUGCACAGGUUCUUGUGGAUGUGUAAUGAUGUAGUCCGUACUAUGAGGUUUAUCAGAGUUCCCUUUGGUAACAAAAGUAGCCUUUUUCUGCUCAACGCCACUAUCAAACAUCAUCUCAAUGUUGGUAAUGAGUCAGAUUUGGGAGAAAAGGAAUCAAUUAAGGUGUUGGGUAAUGGGUAUGCAGUGGGAGGUAUCAAAUGA